AUUUAAGUCCAUUAAGAUUUUCUAAAAGCAUAACUUGUAUACCUAUUUAGUAUUUAUGCCUUAAGUUCUUGUUGUCAGAGCAAAGUAUACAAAUAGUAGAAAAUAGAACACUUCUAGAGAGAGAAACAGAAGCAACUUCUACUGACAUUUUUGUUUCCAUUUCAAGUUUUAAAAAAUGGCGAAUGAGUGAGUGAAUUUCACAGAUGGGUAUUGAGAGAAGAGAGGAAGCUCGUUUCUGUUUUUGUCUUUUUUGUCUUCGUUUUGAUCACAUAAGAAGAAGAAGAAGACGACAACAGCGAACAGUGAUUGCAUCUUCAUGUUUUAAAAUCCCUCCAAUCAUUUCGGUUUUUGUUUUCAUGCUCCUGAUGUUUUCCCCUGUUUUUCCGGCGACCUCUGCUAAAAAACUCCGGCGAGACCACCAUGUUUUCCGGCCACAGGAAGAAACCAAUAAGAUGAAGCUGGUUAAAGCUCAUCUCAUGAAGAUUAACAAACCUUUUGUCAAGUCAAUUCAGAGCCCAGAUGGUGAUACGAUAGAUUGUGUUUUGAGACAUCAUCAGCCAGCUUUCGAUCAUCCUAAAUUGAAAGGAACGAAGCCAUUGGAUCCACCUGAGAGACCAGAUGGGCAUGAUGAAGGAGAAAUAAGCUCUGAAAAUCAUCAGCUAUGGAGUUUAUCAGGUGAAUCAUGCCCAGAAGGAACAAUUCCUAUCAGAAGAACAAGUGAGCAAGACAUUUUAAGAGCAAAUUCUGUUAAGAAAUUCGGUCGAAAAAUUGCAAGACCAGUUAGAAGAGACACUUCUAGCUAUGGACAUGAGCAUGCAGUUGGAUAUGUAAGUGGGAAUAAAUACUUUGGAGCAAAAGCAAGCAUAAAUGUGUGGGCUCCAAAGGUGACCAAUAGAUAUGAAUUCAGUCUAUCACAAAUGUGGCUUAUUUCGGGUUCCUUUGGUCAUGAUCUCAACACCAUUGAAGCCGGUUGGCAGGUAAGCCCAGAGCUGUAUGGGGACAACCGCCCUCGAUUCUUUACUUAUUGGACUAACGAUGCAUAUCAAACAACGGGAUGUUACAACUUGCUAUGUUCAGGAUUCGUACAAACAAAUAGUAGGGUUGCGAUUGGAGCUGCUAUAUCUCCAUUGUCUGUAUACAAUGGUGGACAAUUUGAUAUCAGUUUGAUGAUUUGGAAGGAUCCAAAGCAUGGCAAUUGGUGGUUGGAAUUCGGAUCCGGUACCUUGGUCGGGUAUUGGCCCGCUUCUUUAUUCAGUCACCUCCGUGAUCACGCAAGCAUGAUUCAAUUUGGGGGAGAAAUUGUAAAUAGUCGGUCUUGGGGUUCUCACACAUCGACCCAAAUGGGAAGCGGGCAUUUUUCGGGUCAAGGAUUCGGUAAAGCAUCUUAUAUCAGGAAUAUGCAAGUGGUUGACUGGGGCAACAGUUUAAUUCCUUUGUCCAACUUUAAAAUAUUAGCUGAUCAUCCGAACUGUUACGAUAUUAAAGGUGGGACAAACAGGGUGUGGGGUAACUAUAUCUACUACGGUGGACCCGAACAAUUUACAAGUUACGAUUUACAAUGUAUAAGAGAAAAAAAAAUGGCAGCCAAAGAAUAG